CCUCCCCAACCACCUCCCACUCCCAAAGUUUUUCACCUCCGUCCCUCGCAUCUCGCAUCGCGAAUCAAGUCAUUGUCGCUCAAACUCCUACCUCAUGACCCUCUGUUCCAUGUCCGGGGCCGUCCCCCAUACAUGUGUCCUCCGACGCGGGCCGCGAUGUCGACAGUGCCUAAAUACCCUCACAUAUCAUGGAACUUUGACAUUCGAGCCCAUAUGCAAGUGGUGUUGAGAUCCUCGAUUGUAAUUUCUCUUGCUGCUCUCAGCAAUGCGCUUUCCAAUGGGGUGGGGGUAACGCCGGCUAUGGGCUGGAAUCCCUACAACGCAUUUUCAUGCGCCACAACAGAAGCUCAGUACCAUACUCAAGCGCAAGCGUUGGUCAACUCUGGUCUGGCAGCGCUGGGAUAUAAAUAUGUCAUUUUUGACUGCGGCUGGCAAGGCAAAAAUAGGACAUCAGCAGGGGUCUUCACUUGGGACACGACCAAGUUACCCUCAGGCGUUCCGGCUUUGGCCACUUUCCUCCAUAAUUUGGGCUUGAAGUUUGGUGUAUACUCGGAUGCUGGAACUUAUGCGUGCGAUGAUCAAGGCGGCAAUGGUCACUUUUUGGGCUCGUUAGGACACGAAACCUCGGAUGCUUCAACUUGGGCUGGAUGGGGUGCCGACUAUCUGAAAUACGACAACUGUUUUGCCGUCAGUGCCACCGAUUUUGUGGAUUAUAAUCCGCCGUUUGCAACACACUAUACUGCCAUGCGCGAUGCCCUUGCUGCCACCGGUCGUCCCAUCCUUUACUCUGCCUGUGAAUGGGGUGUGCAAGACCCUGCUCGCUGGCCCGGAAGCUCAGUCGCCAACUCGUGGCGCAUGUCCAACGAUAUCGCUGCUGGCUGGGCCCAUGUCUUCCGCAUCAUCAAUCAGCUCGUGCCUAUAACACAAUUCUCUGGGCCAGGCGGAUUCAACGACCUCGAUUUACUCGAAGUAGGCAGCUCAGGACUCACUGCUGCCGAACAACAGACCCACUUUGCUUUUUGGGCUGCUGCCAAAAGUCCGCUCAUCAUUUCGACUGAUCUCACAACCGCCUCUUCGACGACCAUGGGAAUCCUAAAUAACCAGCGCAUUAUCGCAUUGAAUCAAGACUCGUUGGGAAAGUCGAUUGCCUUCAAACGUCGUUAUACCAAUGAUCAGGAUGUGUGGAGUGGACCGCUCGCGGAUGGUUCCACUGUAGCAGUCGUGAUCAAUUGGCAAGAUGCAUCCCGCUCACUCACCUUUUCCCUGGCGGAUGUAGGAUUUACUUCUGCCACUGCCACCAACUUGGUCACUGGAGCCUCUUUGGGAACUUUGACCACCGCUUACACGUCCACAGUUGCCGCUCAUGGUGUUUUGGUUCUGAAACUCAGCAACGCGGUCAAAGCAACUGCACCGACAUUCACCUUCUACCAAGCCUCGUCUGGAACACUCGCCGGUGGUGCCAAUACACGAGCUGUCAACUCCAGCGUCACUGUAGUUGGCUUUGUGGGGCAAGGUGGAACUUUGACCAUCACUGGUGUUGAUGGCGGCAGCUCCGGCGGCACCAAGCUCGUCUCUUUCGACUACAUCAACGCAGAUUUCACUUACAGCAAUACCGCCUGCUCGAACUGCCGAAAUACCAUGGUCAGCGUGAACGGUGGAACCGCUGUACAAGUGCAAAUGCCCAUUUCUGGCCAGAGCUGGGAUAUCCUACUACAAGGUUAUCUUGUGUCUCUAUCCGGUUUCAAGGCGGGAAAGACGAAUACAGUCACGCUCUCGAAUCCGAGUGCUUAUGCACCCGACAUUUGGCGUAUGGGUAUUGUCGUUUAG